AUGCAGCUUCGCUCUGCAACUGCCAGACAAUCAGAGAAACUCGUCCACCACCACGAGCACAUCACCACCAAAGGCAGACGCGCUCUGAAGGUCUACUUCAACGACGCACCAGGUAACCCACAGUCCCUCACACUGCCUCAUCAGCCCCGUUCAGAAAAGCUUGUCCACCACCACGAGCACAUCAACAUCAAAGGCAGACGUGCUCUGAAGAUCCACUUCAACGACGCACCAGGUAACCCCCAGUCCCUCACACUCCUUCAUCAUCAGCACCAUUCAGGACUGAAGCUGAAGCUGGGCAAGGUAACCCCCAAAAACACCACUGAAGCCAAGAAGGUGGUUCUCCACCACCACGAACACCUAACUGUGGAUGGCAGACGCGCUCUGAGGAUUUACAUGAGCAAUGGCAAAGGUAGACUCAGAACAAAGACCUUCAUCGACCGACCUACACCUGGUUUGAGGCUAAGCUUCGACAGGCCUGUAGGUCUGGCAUAUCUGUCCAUGCACUUCUCCCAGGAGCAAACAAGACUCAGCAGAAGUUGGGUCGACAAAAACCACAGGUGCACAAACGUUCUCGACGACGCUGUUAUCAGCGCANAAGCCGACCUACUCAUCGCCGCUGCAGGGGACCAGCAGAUGGAUGGAGAUGAGAUCAAGGUCGAAGACGUCGAUGGAGGUGAGAUCAAGGUUGAAGACGUCGAGCGCUAA